AUGCCGACCAUCGUCGCAAAGGGCUCCUCCGGCGUUCCCCCCACCGCCGAAGAGAUUUCCUCACUUAUCACCACUAUUUGCACAUCUGAAUCCUCCCAGAAGUCCCUCGAUGGCGCAUAUGCUUUGACCAACUUGCUCAUCGAAGGCACCGGCCCCGCCGGCCUGCUGGACUACAAUGUUCUCGCCGAGACCCGGAAGGCGGCUUCCGAUAAGAAGAACGGAGCCAAGCGCGAGAGUGCCAUGCUCAUUCUGGGUGCUUUGUUCGAGCGCUUCCCCCCCAAGUUUCCCCUCAGUGAGGCCAUCUUCCUUUUGCACGAUGGGGGUGUUUUUGAUCUUGCCCUCGAUGGCCUAGCCGAUAAGGGUGCUGUUGUGCGCGAUGCUGCCAAGUACGCCAUCGAUGCUCUCUUCGGAAGCCUGAGCCCCGAGGCUAUGGUCAACGGCCUGCUUCCUGCCCUCGAGCGCUACCUUGGAAAGGGCUCCGGCAAGUGGCAAGGUUUCGUUGGCGCCUACUCGCUCAUCGAGAAGAUGGCUGUCAAGGCGCAAUUGGGCAAGGGCUCCAAGGAGGAAGAACGCGAGAAGGAUUUGCUGCGCGAUGCGAUGGGCAAGACCUUGAAAGAGCUCAUUCCUAUCGUCGAGUCCGGCAUGCAUGAUCUGAAGAGCGAGGUGGCUAAGCAGUCUGUCAAGACCAUGACUGCUCUCACCACCCUGCUAUCCAAUGACGAUGUUGCUCCCCGCAUUCCUCUCCUGAUCAAGGCUAUGGAGAACCCCUCCGCUGCGACUCUCCAGAAGGCGAUCCACGCUUUGUCCCAGACCACCUUCGUUGCCAUUGUCACAUCUCCCGUUUUGGCCAUGCUGACCCCUCUGCUUGCACGGUCCCUCAACACCCCCGCCACUCCCCAAGAGACCCUUCGCCAGACUGUCGUUGUGGUGGAGAAUUUGACCAAGCUCGUCCACGAUCCUGCUGAGGCCCGUACUUUCCUUCCCAAGCUCCAGCCCGGUGUGAAGUCGGUCAAGGAAGGUGCCUCGUUGCCCGAGGUCCGUGAGCUCGCCACCCGUGCCCUCGACGUUAUCGAGACCGCCAUGGGAGACAACAAACUUGCCUCUGGCUCCAUCACCAAGAUCACCCCCGAGGAGGUUCUCAUUGUGUUGGAUGCUCAGAUCAAGGAGCAGGGCGGCCUGGGCGGCUUUGGUGAUGCCAAGCUGCAAGAUAUGGCCAAGACCUUCAUUGCCAGCAUGGUCCGUGAGGAUAUCAACUGCCGUAUGCACGACCGCAUCCACAGCUGCAUUGCCCCCUACCUCCGUGGUCUGCUCGUUGGAGACACCGAGGCCGUUGCCAAUGCUGUUCAGGCUCACUAUGUCGCAGAGGAUGAGAUCAAGUUCGGUAAGCCCGUCCAGGACGACCCGAACGAGAUCGAGAUUGUCAAUGCCGACUUCUCCCUUGCUUACGGUGGUAUGCUGCUGCUGUCCCACACCAACCUGCGUCUUCUGAAGGGCCACCGCUACGGUCUCUGCGGCCGCAACGGUGCCGGAAAGUCUACUCUCAUGCGCAGUAUCGCCAACGAGAAGCUCGAGGGCUUCCCGUCGCAAGAUGUGGUUCGUACCUGCUUCGUAGAGCACAACCAGGGCGAGGAUGCCAACCUGAGCAUCUUCGAGUACGUUGCCAAGGACCCCAAGAUCGCUGCCCAAGGCAAUGAACACAUCUCUCAGGUUCUCCUCGAGUUCGGUUUCACUGAUGGCCCCGAGGGUCGCCAGUCCCAGCCCGUGGGCUCUCUGUCCGGUGGUUGGAAGAUGAAGUUGGCCCUGGCCCGUGCCAUGCUCCAGAAGGCUGAUGUGCUUUUGCUGGACGAGCCUACUAACCACUUGGAUGUGGCAAACGUUAAGUGGCUUCAGGAAUAUCUGAAGUCGCACACCGAGAUCACCAGUUUGAUUGUCAGUCACGACUCUGGCUUCCUUGAUGAAGUCUGUACAGAUAUCUACCACUAUGAAGGCAAGAAGCUUGUCUGCUACAAGGGUAACCUUGCCGAGUUCGUCAAGCAGAAGCCCGAGGGUAAGAGUUACUACACCCUGUCUGCCUCCAAUGUGCAGUUCAAGUUCCCCCCUCCUGGAAUUUUGUCUGGUAUCAAGUCCCAAACUCGUGCCAUUAUGCGUAUGAGCAACGUUUCCUUCACCUACCCUGGUGCUUCCCGCCCAUCUCUUCAAGACGCCUCCUUGUCUCUUUCCCUCUCGUCCCGUGUCGCCAUUAUCGGUGGCAACGGUGCCGGCAAAUCUACUUUCAUCAAGAUCCUGACUGGUGAGACCAUUCCUCAGACCGGAAAGGUCGAGAAGCACCCCAACUUGCGUAUCGGUUACAUCAAGCAGCACGCUCUGGAGCACGUUGAGAUGCACUUGGAGAAGACGCCCAGCCAGUACCUCCAGUGGCGUUACGCCAACGGUGAUGACCGUGAGGUGUUCCUGAAGCAGACCCGUAUCUUGACCGAGGCCGACAAGGCCCAGCUGGAGAAGCCAGUCGAUCUUGGCGAUGGCCGUGGUGCUCGUCGCAUCGAAGCCCUGAUUGGUCGUCAAAAGUGGAAGAAGUCCUUCCAGUAUGAGGUCAAGUGGGUUGGCCUUCUCCCCAAGUACAACACCAUGAUCUCGCGUGAGACUCUGCUCGAGCUCGGUUUCUUCAAGAUGGUUCAGGAGUUCGACGAUCACGAGGCUUCUCGUGAGGGUCUGGGAUUCCGUGUCCUUGACCCCAAGACUAUCACCAAGCACUUCGAGGACAUUGGUAUGGACCCCGAGAUCGCCAACCACAACGAGAUCUCCGGUCUGUCCGGUGGUCAAAAGGUCAAGGUCGUGCUCGCUGGUGCCAUGUGGAACAACCCCCAUCUGCUGGUCCUGGACGAGCCGACUAACUUCUUGGAUCGUGACUCCCUUGGUGGUCUGGCUGUUGCCAUUCGUGACUUCAAGGGUGGUGUCGUUAUGAUUUCUCACAACGAGGAGUUCGUGGGUGCCCUUUGCCCCGAGCAACUGCACAUCGCCGACGGCCGUGUCGUCAGCCGUACCAACAACGCUGUCAGCCUUGACCGCUUCGAGGACAGCGCUGCCAACUCGCCUUCCGGCCCUGGCACUCCUGCCACUGGCUCAGCCGUUACCAGUGCCGCCCCGUCAGCUGUCAACUCUGGUGAUGAAGGCGCGGGUGACCUCAAGUUCCGUGCUAAGAAGAAGAAGAAGAUGACUCGUGCCCAGCAGAAGGAGCGCGAGAUCCGCCGUCGUCUGCGCUACAUUGAAUGGUUGAACUCCCCCAAGGGUACUCCCAAGCCCGCGGACUCCGACGACGAAUAG